AUGAAGAAAUUAGUAUACAGUCUAUCACACCUUCUGCCCCCUGACGCCAACAUCACCUGCCAGCGUAACCAUGCGAGAGGCAAUGUUGGUUUUCUCUCUGUUGCUAUAUAUUCCUUUGCUCUUUUCCUCCCAGCUGUUGUACUGCUGUGUCUGCUUGGAACAGCUAUGGCUGUUGAGGACCGUUUCACUUGGGGGGGACCUGGCGAGAAUGUCGUCGAUCCUACGGAGGACAACGUGUGUCUCACGGACCAGGCGUCAUGUGGCUGCUGUCUGAUGCAGCAGCAGAUACACAGGAUGGGGACGUUCCUCAACCUGACUCUCGACGAACUGGAAAAGGAACUCAUAAAAACAAAGACGCUCCUCAACAAUGUCAGAGACAGCAGAAGUGCCUUCUCUGUCUCACUUACCAAUCGAGUCAGUUUGAACUGCUUGGGUCCCUUCCGUGACGACAAGCUCAUCGCCUACAAGCACGUCUUCAUCAACCUCGGAGACAGCUACAGCGUGGACACUGGUAUCUUCACAGUUCCCCGCUCUGGUGUGUACAGCCUUGCCCUCACUGUCUACAGUGACGCAGGGUCGCCUGGCAACAGCCUCGCCGCCUGCGCCAGUCUGCAGGUCAAUGGUCGGGGGGUGGCAGGAACCAGAGAAAAAAACAUGCAGGACCAAGAGGACAGUGCCACUAUUGUUGUGGCUCUCCACCUGAUAGCUGGGGACACAGUGGGUGUCAACUUGCCCAUUGGAUGUUUCCUCUGCGACGACAACAGCCACUACAACACCUUUACUGGUUUCCUCCUCUAUGCCACUGACUGAGUUAGGGAAACGUAGCUGCUCUGGGUUUCCGUGCCAGCCUUCACCACACUGACAUGGUUUGAACCUGCUAGAAUGAAUCUUCCUGAGAGGACAGCUGCGCCAUGUAUUCCCUAAUCUAGCUGAUCUUUUGUACUGUUACCCAUCACAGCACAAUGGCCUCACAUUCAUUUUGA